UUGUGCGCUGUAGUAGUGAGCAAGUCAGGAAAUUCCUCUGCAGGAAAGGGGAGGGUGCGGCGAGAAUGAGCAGUAUUAAUAAUUGAUUGCUCUCUUUUCUUGGUGUCAAGACGUGGGACGUUUCAGAAGGUAGAACUCCAUGUGAUUCCGAGUGCCUUCAUCAGCAGCCGCAGUUCCUUUCAUAAACACUCGUGCAGUCAGUCAGUUACGGGGGGCUGAGAGAAAGAAACAAGGACACCCUUUGGAGAGGAAAAAGCAGAGAUGUGCGAAGUGAGCAGUUAAAUAAGCACGUCUGCGGGCCGACGUUGAACUUCACGUUGAAGGGAUAACCCGUCGGGGUUUUUUUUUUGCCCUUGUAUAUCUGGACAGAUCCCACUCCAGAGGACAUUUCUCCCAAACCCUGAAUGUAAAUUGUGACGAAAAGGAAAGAAGGAAUAAAAAGCCAUCGCCAUGGAUUUUGUUAUGAAGCAAGCUUUGGGAGGGGCUACCAAAGACAUGGGGAAAAUGCUGGGGGGCGAUGAAGAAAAGGACCCUGAUGCAGCAAAAAAAGAGGAGGAACGACAAGAAGCACUUCGGCAGCAAGAAGAAGAACGAAAGGCGAAAUAUGCGAAAAUGGAAGCAGAAAGAGAAGUAAUGCGACAAGGCAUUCGAGAUAAGUACGGUAUAAAAAAGAAGGAAGAGAGAGAGGCAGAAGCCCAAGCAGCGAUGGAAGUAGCUGCAGAAGGAAGUCUCACUCGUCCAAAGAAGGCAAUACCAGCAGGUUGUGGAGAUCAAGAGGAGGAGGAGGAAGAAAGUAUCAUAGAUACCGUCAUGAAAUACCUUCCCGGCCCUCUUCAAGAUAUGUUCAAAAAGUAAUAGGGUUAGAGUUGUUAUAUUGCUCUCUUUUGUUUACUAGGCAAAAUAUCUAAUAUUCUCCUUGAGAAAGAUAGAACACAGUUGCAUACAUACCACGAUCUCUACACAUUUUAUGUUUUUUUUUUUGUAAAAAGUCUCUAGUUUAACAAAAAUAUAUAUAUAUAUUGAAAGUGAAAAAAGAAAAACCUCCAAGAAAAUAAGCCAUACUUUUACCUUUAAAGAAAAUCAUAUUUUUGUUUGUGUCUUUUUAAAUAUAUGCCUAUAUACUGUGCACAUAUGUGUACAGUAUAUAUGUGUAUGAAUGUGUGUGUGUGUGUGUAUGUGUGUGUGUGCGUCCCACAGUGAUAAAUGUGUUUAGAAACUGUUUCACGGGCUAUAGUGAUAUUUGUAUCUCCAAGGAAGGAAUAAAAAUGUGUCAAUGUACAUGUGCAAGCAUGCUAGUGAUUAGGACCUUCAUGAAUAUCUGUAUGUUUUUUUUAUUUUGGUGACUAUCAUUAAGCAUUAAGGCAAUAAUUCCGAUGGCACUCGUUUUAGUUUAAUUGUCUUUUUUUCAGAUCUAUCAAUGGAAUAAUUAUACAAAGCAAAAGUAAAUAAGCAAAAUAUCUAUUGUGUAUUAAACAAAGACCUUGAUGAAAA